ACCGCAAGUCACGUUACGGGCCUGGCUUCGUCGAUCGUUUGCAGUUGUAUUCAGGCAGUAGCCGUCUCAGAAGCCGGAACGUAUCAAGUGUGCACGUCGUGAGCGAAAAAGGUACGCACAGCACGCUUAAAGCCGCAGAAACCUCGAGAGCGAACAGUAAUUCGCCGACAGCGGUCCAGUUUGUCGUCGAGCUUGAGAAAUCUACGAGGAAAUCGAAAGGCAUCAUCACGGUGUCACGUCGAGGCGACCGAAUCCAACAAGCAACUUUCGCAGACGAUAUCGUAGCGAAACGUAAAAACGAGACACUGGGGUGCACCCGACAGGGCGAUCCAUCUGUCUCGAUCCACCCACGAACACCCGUUCAAUUUUCACGCUAGAAGGCGGCCGUCCAGCAGGGCGAUACCAUUUUAUAUGACUUUUCUUCGACGUCAAGAAACAUCCAGGAUAUCAUCCAGAGGGAAAAGAUCGGUGUACAGCAAAGGUGGCGGUAGUAGGACAUUGUCCAAGCGAUUCAUAAACGGCAACACCAUCACCUUCGCACGGUAUAAUCGUUCGUUGCGAGCAACCAGCGAGUUAACCACUCCAACCUGGUACCCAGGUAUUCUUAGUGGCACAAGCAACGGACAGGCAGCGUGUAUGAUCAUUGAAAACCACCCCCCUCUGCUCACCAAACCGAGGCAAUAUCUACAUCAAGAUACCACCCAACGAUUUCUGAACCACCUGGUCCUGCCUAAGCACAGGACCUCAAAAUUUUCCAGUAAUAGGCAUCGGAAGCUACAGUCGUUCAGAGAAACGUGACUGACGUCAGCGGGUAGUGCGGCUUGCCUUACCGCAGACAACGAGAAUCACCCUGACUCGACACGUAACGAGCUACCAUCGGGUAGCCAUUGCCUGGCAACGUCGCUGC